AUGGUUGGACCAGCAAGAAAAAAGCAGAGGAUUGAUCGCAAUACUCAUCAUACUGCGGCCGAACCAGUGACUGAAGCCAAAAAUACGCUGUACGUGAGCCAGCUUAAUGAAAGGAUUAAUAUGCAACGACUGCGAGUGAACCUAUUUCUGCUGUUUGCUACGUUUGGAGAGGUACUGAAGGUUAGCAUGAAUUUCAAGAAAGAGCGGGGUCAAGCCUUCAUCACCAUGAGAACCAUCGACCAAGCCAGUUUGGCUCAGAUUUCAUUAAACGGCGAGCGAUUCUUUGGCAAACCUUUGAAAGUGGAGUUCAGCAAGAGUGAAACUAAAACGCUAUAA